CCUACCUAUGGCAAACGUGGCCAUGAUCGACUAUACCUUGGAGUUCCUAACGGCAACCGGAGUCGAAGAAACUUUUGUUUUCUGCUGUUGGAAGUCAGCUGAGAUAAAAGAGCACUUACAAAAGUCCAAGUGGUGCCGCCACACAUCUCCCAACAUGGUGCGCUUUGUAACUUCUGAUCUGUACCGCUCCCUUGGUGACGUGCUACGAGACGUUGAUGCCAAGUCUCUUGUCCGUUCUGAUUUCAUCCUUGUCACUGGGGACGUGGUGUCCAACUUCAAUAUAUCCAGAGCCCUGGAAGAGCACAAGUUGCGUCGUAAGAUGGAAAAGAAUGUUUCUGUGAUGACGAUGAUUUUCAAAGAGUCCUCACCUGGUCACCAUGCCAGGUGCAACGAGGAUGACAUCAUUGUUGCUAUGGACAGUGCCACAAACCGUGUCCUUCACUAUCAGAGAACCCAGGGGCUGAAACGCUUCCGCUUUCCUAUGAGUCUGUUCCAGAACUCGAUUGAAAACGUCGAAGUGCGCCAUGAUUUGCUGGACUGUCAUAUCAGCAUCUGCUCUCCACAGGUGGCUGAGUUGUUUACGGACAAUUUUGAUUACCAGACACGGGAUGACUUUGUGCGUGGUCUGCUGGUGAAUGAGGAGGUCCUGGGGAACCAGAUCCAUAUGCAUGUAACAACAGAAGAGUAUGGUGCCCAUAUAUGCAACCUGCUUAUGUACAAAGCUGUGUGCUCUGAUAUCAUCCGGCGCUGGGUCUAUCCCUUGACUCCAGAAAUGAACUUCACUGAUGACAAGAAUCAGAGUUAUACCCAUUCUAAACACAACAUCUACCGGGGGGUGGAUGUUAGCCUCGGCCACGGCAGCAUACUGGAAGAGAACAUCCUCAUUGGGCAGGGGACGGUCAUCGGCAGCAACUGCUUCAUAAUUAAUAGUGUCAUUGGGCAGAACUGUAGGAUAGGUGACAGAGUCAUUUUGGAUGGAGCCUUUCUCUGGGACAGAGUUCACGUAGCAGAUAACGUGGAGAUCUGCCAUUCUGUUAUCUGUGAUGAAGCUGAAGUGAAGGAAAAAGUAAAGCUAAAGCCUCGCUGUGUUCUCUCUUCUCAGGUAGUAGUUGGUCCUGACAUCACUCUAUCUGAGGGCACAGUGAUCUCCCUGCACCCACCAGAUGAGGAGGAAGAGGAUGAAGACCAGUUCAGUGAUGAUUCUGGUGUGAACAAGGAGGAGAGCAAAGUGAAACUGAAAGGUUACAACCAAAGGGAUGUGGGUUCAGAGGGCAGAGGCUAUCUCUGGAAAGCAGAUGACAAGAAUGAAGAGGAUGAAGAAGAGCAGAGACAGAGCCUGUGGGGCCCAGCCCUGCAUUCAGAGGAAGAGAGCGAGUCGGACAGUGACCUGAGCUUGGGCUCUGAGGAGCCAGAUAGUCGGGCUGUGUCCCCUCAGCUGGAUGACGUUAAAGUUUUCCAGAAUGAGGUUCUAGGUACGUUACAGAGGGGUGAAGAAGAAAACAUUUCCUGUGACAACCUGGUCCUGGAAAUCAACUCUCUCAAGUACGCCUAUAAUAUUGGCCUGAAGGAGAUGAUGCAAGUGCUUAGUAAAGUGAUCCUGGAGUUCCCAUUGCAGCAGCUGGAUGCAAAUUUGGACUCUCAGAACUAUUUCUCAGCAUUACUUCCUCUGUUGAAGAACUGGACCCCGUUGUUCAAGAACUACAUAAAACGGGCGUCUGAUCACUUGAAUGCCUUAUUUGCCAUUGAAGAAUUCUUCCUGGAACACGACAGCCUCUGCACGUCGAUAGCUAAAGUGUUGAUGACGUUUUACCAGCUGGAAAUCCUGGAAGAAGAUGUAAUUCUCAAUUGGUUCUCUCUGCGGGACACGUCCGAUAAGGGAAAGCAGCUUCGUAAGAACCAGCGGCUCCAGAAGUUUAUCCAGUGGCUGGAGGAGGCAGAGGAAGAGUCGUCUGACGGCGACCAAGACUGACAUGGUGGCUUGGCAUGAAAAGAGGCACUCUCGUUGCCUUUCUGGGCCGAGUGGGCAGGGCAAGAUCAAUGCCAGUGCAUGGUGUGUAGAUAUGGGGCCUGACAUCAGUGACUGACAAUCCCAUUGUUAAUUAUGUUGUGCAUUCCCAACUGUGCCCCUUCCUCCCUCCCUCGCUUGCCCGGUGGCAUCUUACAUUGGAUGGUUGCAGCACAGUGUAAAAACCAUAAGGGACGAGCAGGAGGCGAUGAUAUCUAGAAUUGCUCUGGAGCCUGGGGCUGCUAUACCAUAAUCUAUUUCUUGAGAGCCCCUUGCUUCUACUAUAGAGGGAGCAGAGGCAAACAUGUACAGACCCCUUCUAAAUCUUACCUUUGGGGCUUGUGGAAAUAUGGUCAUAAGGCUAAGUUAUUUGGAGUCACUGUUGUUUCUGGAACUAAGAGAACUCCUGCUGAAGAGACACUGGCAAGGUUGGUAAGUAGGAGCAUAUGGAUUAGGAUCCGGAGUGCAGGACUGGGAUUCAGGAGUUCCUGUGCCUGGAGAAGAUGCCGUUGUCUGAGGAUGCCUAAGGCAUUUUGCAGCCUGGAAGGCACUUCUGUGAUCUUUCCAAAAGGGAGAAUCUCUUGCCAUCUGCUGUGCUAGGAUUUAACACAAGAUUGCACAGUAGAGUUGGUAAAACCACAUCUUUCCCCCUUCAGCAGAACAGGGGAUAAUAUGUGCUCAGCUCCCCCACUGGCAGGGAUCGGUUAAUAAGGGAUGUGCACUGGUCAGUGAAAAGCCGUAUGGUUCACUACAUCCUAGAUGUGAUUUGUCUUCUGUGCGUCUCCAGCUUAGCAGACACGGUGUUUUAGAAAAGUGUCUGGUUUUUUAUUUAUUUAUUUUUUUAAGGGAGCAGAGAUGCCUGGCUCCUCCUGCCACACCAGCAUCAUUUGUGUUUUGCUCUGGGGCCCUGACCACACCAGCUGCUUUAAGGAAAACGCAAGUUCCUAAAUUCUGCUCUAGUCUGAAAAGGAGUGAACGGUAUUUCCUUUGGUAGCACAUCUUUGUGUUUCCACGAGUUCAGUUAUACAUGCUUGCUUACUCAAACUGUGCGUCCUUUUUACUUAUUUGAAAACUUGCCCCCCUUCAGGUGGCAGGGAAAGUGCUGCAAGCCCGGUGUAAAGGUCAGCGGCCGCAGAGUAACUCGGCAUGAAGCGGGAAACAAGUGUGCCUCUGGCGCUCUCUUGCCGGCAUGGACAAUGUGUGGUUGCAAUAAGGCGCUUAGGAACAGCUGCCUUAGAAGUGUCACUGUGCUGUGUUCUUCCCUGUUCUCAUCAAGAACAGUGGGAAAAAAUACACAGCGAGAAUCAGCUUUUAUUGAUAGGGGGUUGUAUGUUGAAUGUGCUGACCUUGCCUCUGCCCCUUCAGAAGGAGCAUAGAAUAAAUCCCUUGGGGGAAAUGCACUGGAGCUGCCCACUCAGGAUAUUUACUUGGCCGUUCCGUGGUGCCACAGUUGUCAGUGAGGGGACAAUGUUGGAUGCUGGAGGCCAGGGAUACUGCCUCUUAAACUGAUGUUCAGGCAAGAGCGAUCUUGUGCACUCACAGUAUCAGUUGCCAGGAUUGUUCGUAAAUGCGCUUGUUUUCUGACAUCGCAAACUCAGUCUUGUAAAUGUUGGGGAAUUGGUUGGUAUCUGAAUUUUCUGUAUCUGCCAAUAUUUAAUUCAGGGAGCAAAUAAAAACUAUCCUGGUGUUA